AUGUUCGUUUUGAAAAUUCUCAUAUUCGUCUCACUCGCGAUCAGAGCGCAAAAGAUAGGAAAGAAUUACCGUUUCCGGCACACCGUAAACAAGGAGGACUGUCCAGCUGGAGCGGACAAAUGGGGAAGAGGAUUGAAACCGCACAGAGAUUUAAUUGUUGUGUAUAAUAGGAAAACCAGAUUGAUAACGAGAAGACAGUGGUACCAUUCCAAUUUCGAUCGCAUAAAUGAACUCAUGGAUAUGAACAUCAAAAAAAAUUUGACGAAAUAUGGAAUCGGUGUGUUUGUUUCGUUCCUUCGUGGUGAUCAGGAACGGAGAAAUGAGAGUCCUACAACGAAUUUUUAUUUGAAAACGGCGAAACUUUUCAAUGGUACUCAACCGCCAGAACCUGGAACUGGGGAAGAUUUUUCUCGAAUGUACUUCGAAGUUCCCUUCAUUCCACGUUAUGAAGUUCACGAGUAUGACAAGAAGAGUGGCCGAAAAGGAAAAACAAUUUUAUUGCAAACAGGCAGUAAAUGUGCACAAACUGGAGUUUGGAUAGCGAAUGAGAUGUUCUAUAAAAUGGAUGUGGAAACAAAUGAAUGGACACCAAUCUACUACCAACCUGACCAAACAGACUUUUACUAUUGA